CUGAUCUGAAUGAUUCCAAAGGCUCUGUACCAUUUAGUGUCCUGCAGAUAUCCAUAUCAUUCAGAGCGAUAUCAAUCUCGGUUCACUCCUGGUCGCUACUACUCUCGUCUCUCUACUGAUCAAUCUAACAGGUUCUCAGAUACCGUUCCUUUUCCUUCAAUUUGAACUUGCCUAUCCUCUCCCAAGCAAACUUGACGAGCUUGCUCCCCAUGAACUUGAAAGGCCUGCUCAUCUUCUUUACAACAUUUCUGCUUAUUCUAGUCUCAUGUGUUUGGAGAGACCCCAUGAGUUCAUCAACCGAGUAAGUGGAUAGAUCUUUGGGUUCCUCUAUGGCUUCGACAACGUGAUCAAACUUGGCUGACAGACUCCUUAGAAUCUUUGCAAUAACAAUGUCAUCUGCCACUUUAUCACUAUAUGCUCUCAUUUGGCUAACGAUGCCUGAAAUUCAAGCAAGAUAGCUUGAAUCGUUUCAUUACUCUUUAUGCUUGCCGACUCAAAGUCUCGCCUCAAGGACUACAAUUUCACUGUGAUCACCUUGGUACUCGACUUUGAGUGUGUCCCAUGCCUCCUUUGCUGAAGUUGCUGCUGCAAUCCUUGAGAAUAUAGUCUCAUCCAUGGCUUGUUGAAUGACGAACAUGGCCUUCACGUCUUCCUUUACAUAGCAAAGAAAGUCAAGGAGAAAUACAACCCUUGAUGCCGUUGCCUACUUGCCUCUAUACCUUCCUACUCAUAGACAUGUCUAUUUUUAACCAGAACUAGUUUUUGAUGUUGCGGCACGUUGAUCUCGUUGCAUCGAUGGCUGCUAUUCCAAUGGGGCCAUCGCCAACUCCUCCUGAUAAAACUUCAUUGAUUAAAACUGCAAAUUUUGCCCGAAUCCCUUCUAAGUUGUCUCUAAAAUCAAACGUUUCUUCACCAAAAGCACCGCUGGUUCAACAAGGUCGUAUUGAAAAUGUCCAUUUGGUUUCAUUAUCCAAACAAGGGAAAAUUCAAGAAGCUGGAGAUUUCAUUAAAGAAAUGGACAAGUCUGGUGUUUCGGUAACACUUCACUCGUAUGAAUGCUUGCUUGAAAUGUGUGCUGAUUUACGGCAUCUGCCAGUUGGAAAGUUCAUUCAUGAUCAUUUCCAGAGCUCCCUUGGCACACCACCCAUUUUCAUCCAGAAUUGUGCUCUGCGAAUGUAUUGUGAGUGUGGAAGUUUUUCAGACGCAAACAGGUUGUUUGAUGAAAUGACCGAGAGAAAUUUGGCUUCCUGGGCCAUACUCAUAUCUGCAUAUGCAAAAGCAGGACUCAUAGGAAAGGCAGUGAAGUUGUUUUCAUGUAUGAAGACUAUCGAACCAGAUUUUACCAUUUAUAUCAGCAUUUUGCAAUCUUUAGUAGACUCAUCAAGUUUAGAACUUGGUAAACAGAUGCAUUCACUUGCAAUCAAGAAUGGAUUCACUCACAUUGUUAAAGUGGAUACGACCAUAUUAAGUAUGUAUGUGAAAUGUGGAUGCUUAGAUAGUGCCGAACUAAGUUUUGAUCAGAUGGCUGAGAAGAAUGCUGUAGCAUGGACUGCUUUGAUGGUUGGUUACAUGCAAAUAGAGAAGAGAGUAGAAGUUAUAGAUUUGUUUCUUGCAAUGGUAAAAGAAGGUGUUCAGCUUGAUGAAUAUGUGUUCUCAAUUACCCUAAAGGCGUGUGCUUGCUUGGAGAACCAAGCAAUCGGCCAACAAAUUCAUGGCUACAUUUUGAAGCUCGGGAUGGCAGAUGAAGCUUCGGUUGGAACUCCACUUGUGGACUUCUAUGUGAAAUGUGGAAGUAUAGAAUCUGCUACCCGAGCAUUUAACAAGAUAUCUGAACCAAAUGAUUUUUCUUGGAGUGCUCUAAUUACAGGCUAUUCCCAAUCCGGUGAAUUUGAUGAAUGUCUGAAAGUUUUCAAGUCCUUGAAAAGUAGAGAUGCAGUGCUGAAUUCAUUCAUUUACACUAGCAUCUUCCAAGCAUGCUCUGCCGUUGCAGCUUUCGAUUUGGGUGCUCAAGCUCAUGGUGAUGCUAUAAAAAGAGGCUUGGUUUCGUAUCUAUAUGGCGAAAGUGCCAUGAUUACUAUGUAUGCACGAUGUGGUCGGUUAGAUUAUGCACGUCAAGUAUUUGAAUCCAUUCGGAAACCAGAUAACGUCACCUGGACUGCUAUAAUUGCUGGCUGUGCUUACCAUGGUAACGCAUCUGAAGCUCUACGCCUUUUUAGAAGGAUGCUCUCUUCUGACGUGAACCCAAAUGCGAUUACUUUCAUAGCGGUUUUUACUGCUUAUAACUAUUCCGGUUUGAUCAAAGAAGCCAAAGAAUGCCUUGAUUCUAUGAGUAGUCGGUAUGGUGUGCAGCCAAAUAUUAAUCACUACAACUGCAUGAUUGACAUAUAUGCCCGUGCUGGUAGACUAGAGGAAUCACUUGAGAUGAUAAAAAACAUGCCAUUUGAACCCGAUCCAAUGAGUUGGAAGUGUUUAUUAGGGGGCUGCUCAAUCCAUAAAAACUUCAAACUUGGAAAAAUUGCAUCCGAAAACCUCCUACGACUUGAUCCACACGAUACAGCUGCGUAUGUUCUUAUGUUCAACUUGCAUGCUUCAUCUAGAAAUUGGGAAGAAGCAGGUUUGGUUAGAAAGAUGAUGGCAGAGAGGAACUUAAGAAAAGAGGUAAGCUGCAGCUGGAUAAGUAUUAAGGGUAAAAUGCAUCGGUUCGUUGUGGGUGAUCAACAUCAUCCACAGGCGCAAGAAAUUUACUUAAAGUUAAAGGAGUUUGAGUACCCCAAAACUAGUAAUCAAGAAGUCUUGCUAACUGAAGAUGAUGUUUCAGAUAUUUUGCCGGAACGCAGGGAACAACUUCUUGAUCAUAGUGAGAGACUUGCAAUUGCUUAUGGUCUUAUAUCAACCAGUAAAGGUUCUCCGAUCACAAUCUUCAAGAAUCUGCGUGCUUGCAAAGAUUGCCAUGAAUUUGCAAAACAUGUAUCGAUGGUCACAGGACAAGAAAUUGUUGUUAGAGAUGCGAAUCGAUUCCAUCAUUUCAAAUCUGGGAAAUGUUCUUGUGGUGAUUAUUGGUAGUGACCUACCUGUUGGAUUGAAUUGAGAAAUAUUGCCCGAUAAUUGAAUACUUUUGCAGGAUCUGGAGAUGUCAUUCUGCAUCAAGGGUAUAUGGUUGGCUUAUAUAUACCAAGGCAUUCUUCAAGAGACAGUGAAAAUCAUUUCAUGACGAUUAUUGCUAAGUUGGCAUUAAUGAUGGAAGACUUUCUGAUGCAUAUGUUGACUGCUUUAAGAUCUGAUAGCGUUGGAUCCUCAAGUGGAAAUCUCCCAACAAUCGAUUGAAAUGAUCUUCAUUAGGAUCCAUUGGAAAGACCCAUUUUUGACUUAUCAUCCUAAUAUAUCUGCUUACAAGGCUUUGUCAACGAUGAGGACAUGAGUUUUCUAACAACUUUGAUAGGAGACAAGUUAAGACUUUUUGUCCCUAAUUGGUUUGAUAAAUUUCGAUGGUUAGAGUAUAGUGUAAAAGUAUACAAAGUCUAUUGUUUAUGACAACGACAUAUAUUGCUUUUCUUUUACCAUAUAUUCACGUUUCAAUUGUGCUUUGUUGUGAAAA